CAGGCACACAGUGUUUAAUGUGGAGUCUGCAGGACGACAAUACACGAAAAUUUGAAUAUAUCGAGUGAUACAUAACCUACAAAAUGAUGUCAUUGAUAGUCUCAAACAAGAGCCUUUUGGAAUUCGAUUCCACGACCAUAGAAAAUGUCAGAAAGGAGUUUGACUUACAUAAACCAGGAAUGAUGGAGCAGGCGAUAGAUAUGUUGUAUGAGUGGAUUCAGAAACAGGAGCACUUCCUGAAAAAGGACUUUAGCAGGGAGUAUUUGGAGCGCAUUAUCAUAUCCACGAAGGGGUCGGUUGAACGCGCAAAGGCAAGAGUGGACAAAAUGUGCACUUUGCGCACCCACGUGCCAGAGUUCUUCUCAAAAACCAAUUCUAAAAUAGAAUUUCCAGACCUUCCGAAGUCAUACUUAAAUGUUUACUUGCCGAAACUUACUGAGGAUAACUACAGAGUGUACGUUAUGCAAUUUCAAAAUGACAUCACUACAGCUUUACUAUUAGAUUCCUUCAGGCUUAACAUGAUUAUUGGGGAAUAUUUAAGAAGAAAUGAUUAUGCCACAGGCCUUAUCUUAGUCAUGGAUGUACGAGAAAACAAUAUUAUGGACUUCGUCGCUCAAAUCAACCUUGUCGAUUUGAGUAACGCAGUCAUGGCAUAUACGGAAGGAUUUGGUUUCCGGAUAAAGAACAUCUUCGUCAUGUCCCCAUCUAAGGUUAUCAAUUUAUUCACCGCCAUCUUGAGACGAGUUUUCUCUGACAAAAUCGGAGAACGCAUUGAAGUGGUCCGAACUAUUGAAAAAUUGCACGAUCAGGUCCCAAAAGAACUGCUACCGAAAGAAUUUGGAGGCCAACAGAAGGGAUAUAGGGAAUUAUACGAUGAAUGGACCGAAGAACUGGCAACCGAGGAGUUUAUGGAAUACGUAAAAGAUAUGCAUCAAGCUGGUGUCAAUGAAAAACUUCGACCGGAGGAUGGAUUUGGCAACGAGUAUCUUGGGAUACCUGGAUCGUUCAGAACUUUGAAUGUUGAUUAAAUGAAUAUAAUUAUGCUUGUAAAUUAUAAUCUACGUGUAUUGACUACCUAUUAAUGUG